UCAUCGGUAGAUAGAACAGAAGGAGAGAGGGCGGGGCUGAAACAUCAACAAGAUGGCGGCGCCCACUGUAUAAAACAACAGCUGGUGGUUUUUCUUCAAAUCUUUGUAUUUAGUUCGUUGACUUUCUUCAACAAUGGAAACAACCACCGAAGAAGAACGGGACCUUAUAAAACUGAAGUCUGUCAAAGACAAUAAGACAUUUGUUGUCCCUCAGAACGACAGAUUCGGCAGCUGCAGAAGUGUCCGGGAGUUUGAGAAACUGAACCGAAUCGGUGAAGGAACCUAUGGCAUCGUGUACCGAGCCCGGGACACAAAGUCAGACGAGAUUGUAGCUCUGAAGAAGGUGAGGAUGGACAAGGAGAAAGACGGAAUCCCCAUCAGCAGCCUGAGGGAGAUCACUCUGCUGCUGAGACUGCGACACCCCAACAUCGUGGAGCUGAAGGAGGUGGUGGUGGGGACGCAGCUGGAGAGCCUGUUCCUGGUGAUGAGUUACUGUGAACAGGACUUGGCCAGUCUCCUGGAGAACAUGCAGACCCCGUUCUCUGAGGCUCAGGUCAAAUGUAUCGUCCUUCAGUUACUCAGAGGUUUGGAGUUCCUGCAUCACAACUUCAUCAUCCACAGGGACCUGAAGGUUUCCAACCUGCUGAUGACGGACAAAGGCUGCGUGAAGAUCGCUGACUUUGGUCUGGCCAGAACCUACGGGGUUCCACAGCAGCCCAUGACCCCCAGAGUGGUGACACUGUGGUACCGGAGUCCAGAGCUCCUCCUGGGGACGAAGACUCAGACCACGGCUCUGGACAUGUGGGCCGUGGGCUGCAUCCUGGCUGAGCUGCUGGCCCACAAACCCCUGCUGCCCGGAACCUCAGAGAUCCAACAGGUGGACCUGAUUGUCCAGCUGCUGGGGACGCCCAACGAGAACAUCUGGCCGGGCUUCUCUCAGCUGCCUCUCAUUGGUCAGUACAGUCUGAGGAAACAGCCGUACAACAACCUGAAGAACAAGUUCAUGUGGCUCUCUGAGGCCGGUCACCGCCUGUUGAACCUCCUCUUUAUGUUCAACCCAGAGCGCAGGGCGUCGGCCAAGGACUGUCUGGAAAGUUCCUACUUUAAGGAGAAACCACUGCCCUGUGAACCGGAACUGAUGCCCACUUUUCCACAUCACCGCAACAAGCGCGCUGCUCCUCCAGUAGAGGGCCUCAGCAAACGCAGUAAAGUGUGACCGGAGGUUGAUUCUCUGAAUGAGUUCCUUUUGGACCUGAUGCU